UUGUACACAAAUGCUAUGUCCACUCUCAGUGGGCUUGUUACUGUGGGCCUAUUCUAUAAAACCACACCAAUUCUUAUUAAAAGAAUUUUACAAAAAAGCCCAAAUGGUGUAUCGCUACUCAUACAGGUCUCAUUGCUUAAAACCCUAGUUUUGGCUCACACCGGGGAUUACAGUAGCCGCACAACACCGUUUCACUCAGAAAAAAUGGCUGUUCCUUUGUUGACUAAGAAGAUAGUGAAGAAGCGUGUCAAGAAGUUUAAGAGACCGCAGAGUGACAGAAAAAUUUCUGUCAAGGAAAACUGGAGAAGGCCUAAGGGUAUUGAUUCACGAGUUAGGAGAAAGUUCAAAGGAUGCACCUUGAUGCCCAAUAUUGGUUAUGGCUCUGACAAGAAAACUCGGCACUACCUCCCCAAUGGAUUUAAGAAAUUUGUUGUGCAUAAUGUCAGAGAGUUGGAAAUUUUGAUGAUGCACAACAGGACUUACUGUGCUGAGAUUGCCCACAACGUAUCAACGAGAAAGAGAAAGGAGAUUGUUGAGCGUGCUGCACAGUUGGAUGUUGUUGUCACCAACAAAUUGGCUAGGUUGCGCAGCCAGGAGGAUGAGUAAACGUGAGUCCCUAUAUUAUGUUAUAAUUUUGAUUUGGUCUUAAAUAUUUUAAGCAUUAGGCAGUUUCUGUCCUUUGGAUCAACUGUAUUUUUUGAGGGUAUUCUGUUUUGUUUGGAUGUUUUUUAUGGUUUGAAUUAGAAUUUAUUUCAUAUUCAAGUUGUCUGAUUGAAAUUUCAGUGUUUUUAUUUCCGGUCUGUUUGGCAUGAGCUAAAGUAAUCUCUGUUUGUUAAAUUUUCAGAAUCAUGUUGAAAUGCCACGUUUUAUGUUGUUUUUUGCA